AUGCGAAUCGUGGGGAAAGGGAAAGCUAACAUACUUGUAGCCCUAGAGGAAGAAGCUAUAUUGUACCGGAUAUGUAUCAGGUUUUCAAAUUCUUUGCUCAAGGGGAAUGAAUAUACCCUAAAGAACUACCAGUACAUCUAUCAGAAAGUAGAGCCUUUGUUGGGGGAUCUACUAUGUAAUUUCAGCCUAUCCGAAUUGCAACUAACCCCAAAACUACAGCAACUGUUGCACGAUUAUGUGUCCGGUUCAACUUGUAACAACAAAGUGUUUGCGUUUUCGAUGCCUAAUUUUAAGUCGGCAUCGAUGUACCCCCUCGUGUUGUUCAGUGACCAUUUCACAAGUUUGUACAGCAAUGUCCAGCACACCAAGUUGGUUCUGGAAAUGAAACCAAAAUGGUUAUAUAAUCCGACUAGGUACUGCAGAAACUGCACUGCAAACAGAUUUAAGGGUCGGGACGAUAUGUCAUAUUGCUAUUCUAAGUUACUGCGGGAUAGCGAGCAUUUAUUUCAUGUAAUAGGAUCUCAUACCCUGCCCAGAUGGCUUGUUUUGAGGAUGUGCCAGUAUUUUCGGACUCGAGAUAAUGUUUUACAGGUCCUCCAUGAUAUCCAGAAAAAGCUAUAUUGCAAAGGGGAUAUGAUUGAUUUACCAUUAUUGAUGACGUUAAGGGAUGUUACGUGUUUUGUUUCCUGGGACUUCUCCCAAUCUGAUGCUGCGUCUGAUGUUAAUAUUGUGGAUGUUGACCUGAAACCCGAAGAGAAAAGAGACUUCUGGAAUAAAACGCAAAUGGAGCUAGAUAGUUUUGAAAACAAAUGUUACCAUGAUUAUUGA